CGCACUGAAUCAGCAGCCUUUACAUCAAAAAAGUCAAACUAAACUAUUUAUUGACAAUUCAACAUAAAUAAAUCGAAAAACAAAAUAAAUAAAACGAACAUAAACAUGAGUACCACUGAUAUAUUUUUCGAUGUUUGCGAGUCCCUGGACGAUGUUUUUCAGGACGUAGAAAGUAUAGUAAUCGAAGAAAAAAUCAUUCAAACCGAAAACUAUCAAAUAGAUGAAGAACCACAUACUUCAGGACAAGGUUCUCCUACAUUACAAGGUAGUACAAAUGAUAAUGAUUAUGAGCUUUGUAAGAAAUCUUUGAGUUGGUUGGAGUGCCUAAAACCGCCAAGAUUGAAAAAAAUUACCAGAGAAACUAUAGAUGAAGAUGAACCGGAACCAAGACCGUUGAUAGACAUAAUGAGAGAAGAUGCUAUCUUGCUGUCCCUAGAAGAGCUUAGUCAACAGCUAUUACGUGAACAAGAGGAAGUACUUGAAAAAUUUGCAAACUGCUACUCCAACGAACCUCUUACUGCAACGCAUGAAAUCGGCAUAGGUACGGAAACAGAACCUGAAGUGAUUAUUAGCUCAACUAGAAGACUGCAGUGCUUCGCAGGGGAUCCACCACCUCCUUACUCAAAUAUGGAAAUACCUCCAACAUAUUGUGAAACUGAACCCAUACCAACGCAAAUAUUCAACCUUUCGGCUCAAUAUGACGAAUCAGACGAAUUUCUUAGACUUAACAGUUACCUGUUACCGUUCAAUAACAGACGAAUUAGAAACCAUUUCUUCUCUAAAGUGUAUCUAAUCCUCAGUUUACAAUUGCUAGCAAUAUAUACGUUUGUAAUGCUUUGCGUGCAAGUAACUGCUAUGGAACAAUUCCUAUUACACUUUCAAGGGAUUUUGGUAUUGCUGGUGGUUUGUUUAGUAGUUCUGGAAAUAAUACUCUAUUGUUACGUGGAGUUGAGAAGCAAAUUUCCAGCAAAUUUGAUGCUGUUUAUAUUUUUUAGUUUCGCUCUAGCUUAUUCGACUGCUUACAUAGCCUGCCGAUACGGAAAAUACGUCAUACUGCAUUCUACUGGUUCAACUGCGUUGAUAUGCUUUAUCCUGACCCUAUUAGCGAAGUUCAAUUUAAUUGAUAUUGGAGCACCGAAUUGCCUUCCAAUUGUACUAGGAAUUAUAGUGGGUGGAUUUGGAAUUAUUGCAGUGUUAUUAAGGAUUUAUAAAAACGCUUAUAUGUUUCGCUUAAUUAAUAUUUUUUUGAUAGUUUUUAUUUACAUGUUGUAUAUUUUGUACGAUACUCAACAGAUUAUAAAAGGAGGAAGGAUCAGGAUGACUCCUAAUGAGUAUACGUUUGGCGUAAUCACUUUGUAUACUGAUAUUAUGCUUGUGUCAACAUGUUGCUCAGAGAAUUAUUAAUUUUAAAGCUAAUUUCAAUAACAUAAUUGUUAAAUAUACAACGUUGUUUUUAUUUUUAAUAUAAU